AUGUGGAAGUUCCUUUGUUUUUUACCUUUACUAUGCUUAGUCCUGUAUUCGUUUCAUCAUCGACUAACAGAACCUAAGUUUUGGUUGGAGGAUGGCAAAGAAGUUAGAGAACUGAGAACAAAUCUUCUCAAUCAGCUCAUACCUCAUUCCGAUGGAUUGAUGAUCAGAGACAUUACUAUACCUACUUUCUGCCAAACUGAUGAAAACAGAAAGAAGAUAGGAGAAGGUUGGCAGAAAGUAGUGUUCGAAGCUGACAGCAUCGAAGAGCAAUCUGGAAGCAUAAUCAAAGUUCCUAACUUGAACGGGCCAAAUUACAUAUCAUGUUUAGAAAGCCUAGAAGUAGAGAUGUGUCGCUUGUUCAUCCUGAGGAACUCAUUAAGAGAGAUACGUUGGAUGUCAAUAUUGAAAAACGAUAAUAACGUUAUACAGAUCAAGUCAUAUUGUAUCCCGGAAGAUCCCAUAAAGGACAUUGAUAAGCUGUCUAUUCGAACUGAAAAAGGAUUUCCAUUAACAACUCUGUUCCUCAUCCAACAAACAUGGGGCUACCGGUUCAACAUGAUUCGAGAGAUCGUUCAAUUUCUUCUUCGACAUCCAAAUAUAUCUUUCAACGAUUUCAGAAGACAGCAGUUUGUAGUUGUAGAUGAUCAUCCGAAAAUGGUGGACUUAGAUGGAAUUACUUUCGGCAGUUUCGAUAUUGAUGGUGAACUGAUUACUCAAAAAGUUAUAAAGGAAUUCGUUAAUAACUACCUUCUCCUGGAUAUUCCUAAUCAUCUACGAACGUCUUUCAACACCUCCAAAAUUCAUUCCAUCAGGACACUUAGCGAGUUGGAUAGCUUCUUAAAACUGUGA